AUGCCUCCCAGGAAGCGCGCGAGGGGCGAAGUCGCCGCAACGCCAGGCGCAACUCGGGACGAUGGUGCCAUGGCCAUUGACACCCCAGCGGCCAGCGAAGCCGGGGAUCCCUCAAAACGUGAUGCCCCGAACUACAACAACAUGUGGACGGAUGACCAAAUCGCUUCCCUUUUCAAGGGCGUCAUUCGCUGGAAGCCGGCGGGCAUGCACAAACAUUUCAGGAUGAUUGCGAUAUCUGAACACUUGCGAAAUCACGGCUUCGACCCCGAUGUUUAUCAGCACACCAGAAUUCCCAACAUUUGGGACAAGUUACGCACAUACUAUAAUCUAGACCUCAUCGACGAGCGAGAGUAUUUUGACGACGACGAGCCUGAAGAUAAAUAUGUCGACUUCAGACUACCUCGCUCCCGCUUCCUUGACUCCAUGAUGCAGAGAGCGGUGGCCGACUCUAGUGAAGCGCCUACCUCCCCGCCAGAACUGGACCUCUCGCCCGGCCUGUCGCAUUCUAGAAAACGAAAGAGAGCAGGAACCGCAUCAAAGGUCAGAGCAGCCGACGCUGAGGAUACCGAGGAUGCCAUGGAUGCGCCAUCUCCAGCUACUAAGCCAACCAGAGGCGCAAGAGGACGCACGAGGGCGACGAGCCAACAGUCCAAGCCGGAGAAGAAGGACAAGAGUGAAAAAGCCGAGACGACUGAGGAGGAAGACGCCGAAAACGAACAGGAGGAGAGCGGAUUUGGGGAGGACGAGGAAGAAGAUGAAGAAGCUGAGAGCGAGGGCGAAGAUGAAGAUGUGGAAGAGGAGGAGGCGGACGAGAGCGCUGAGGAAGGUGGUACGCCGGCGUCGAGGUCAACCAGGGCGGCCACGAGGAAGAGCGUUGCUCCUAAACCUAAGCCUACAACACGGAGGACAAGAUCAAGAAAAUGA